AUGGCAUCCAACAAGUCAUACAUCAUCGUCGGCGCUGGCGUUUUUGGCGUUUCGACAGCUUUCCACCUGAUCAAGAAGUACCCCAACGCAGACAUCACUCUGGUCGACCGUGAUGCUUUCGACCAGGAUACCCGUGUGGCCGCCUCGUGGGACUGGAACAAGGUGGUCCGCGCCGACUACGACGACAUCGUCUACUGCAAGAUGGCCAUCGAGUCACAGGAUAUGUUCAAGACAGACAAUCUGUGGAAGCCAUACUUCUAUCAGACGGGCAUCUACUGGAUGUGCCGCAGCGACUACGCUCAGGACGUCGUCAACAACUACAAGAAGCUGGGCCGAACAGCCGACCUUGCAGCUGUGCCAAUCGACGAGGCACGCAAGCUGUACGGUGGUUUGUUCGAGGACGCCGACUACACCGGUGUCAAGGAGGUCCUCGUCAACAAGUCCAGUGGCUGGGCUACUGCUGGCGAGUGCCUGAUUGGCAUCACUCGCGAAGCCUUGAGACUCGGUGUCAAGUACAAGCAAGCCGAAGUUGCCUCGCUGCAGUUCGACAAUGGCCGUGUUACCGGCAUCAAGACUGGUGAUGGCGAGACCUUAACCGCUGCACAUACCCUUCUCUGUACUGGAGCAUACACACCAAAGCUGCUGGAAUACUGUGCGCAAGCGAGCGGUAACAACGACCUCUGUGCUGGUGAGAGAAUAGUCGCUGGUGGUAUCACCACUGGUAUGACAAAGCUCGACGAGGAAUCAUACCGCAGGUUUGCGUCCAUGCCUGUUGGUGUGCAGGGCUACACCGCCGAAGAUGGACCUUUCAUCGGCAGUCUGCCACCCACAAGAGACAGAGAACUCAAGUGGUGGGGUGAGAAGAUCUUCAAGAACGACACAGAAGUCUUGCCUGGACGCAUCGUUUCUGCACCACCUGCCAAGCCGGACUAUGGCCAGUGGGAGGUAUCAGAAAGAUUGAAGGAGGAUAUUCAACACGCCAACCAUGUCUUUUACGGAAAGAAGUCUGCACACUGGAAACUGGAGAAGCAUCGUAUCUGCUGGGACGCAUUCACAACCAGCUCCGAUUUCAUCAUCUCACCACACACAGCCGCCAAAGGUCUUUACGUUGCCACAUGUGGCAACUUCCACGGCUGGAAGUUCUUCCCUGUGCUAGGCAAAUACAUCAUCUCUAUGCUCGAGGGUACUUUGGAGCCCGAGUUGUCGGAGAAGUGGGGUUGGGACAGAGAGCGACCUGAUCCCAAGUACUUCGCCGACUGGCCGAGACACGAUAUGAAGGACAUGUUGGACCCUGUCAGAACAUCCAAGCUAUAA